AUGGUUCCUUUCAAGCCUGUCAGACGACUGAGGAGAGUCCUCACUUGUUUAAACUGCAAAAAGAAAAAGACUCGGUGUGAUAGAAACAAACCAUGCUCAGCUUGCAUCAAAUGCAAUAAAGCAGAUAGUUGUCGAUACGAAGUUCAGGACCCCAGUGCUGAGAAAGAAAAAUUGAUGGUGAAUAUUGUGAAACAAAUACAAAACCUCAAACUGCAAUUGGCGGAGUAUGAACCUAUCGAUGGAGAUUAUUUUCUCUCUGUAGAGCAAAGCUUUCCAAAUAUCGACCAACUUACUGAGACAGAUGACAAAAUAAACUUCCCCAAGGUUUUCGGAACGGUUCAUUAUAGGGAAUCAGAUAACAAAUUGGCAUUUGGGCCCCCUCUGUGGUACUCAAUUCUCAGGCAUGAUUCAUUCACCAAUCAAGUUAGACGAAAUCUUACCGAACUUCUACCACCUACAGCUUACACCAAAGCCAAUGUCUCAACUACUAGCAUUUUAUACGAAGAUGGAAGACUAAAGGAUCAAAAAUUUCGGGAACUACUUAUAUCUCGCGAAGGACUUGAUCAACAAAUCAUCGAUAACAGAGUACUUGAAAGUUUGGACUCGUUAAAAAAGUCUAAGGAAGACCAGGUUCAACCCAACCUGUUUAACCUCAAACUAGUGACCAGUAUUUCAACCAUACUUCCGUCAUCUGGUACAAUAUGGAGGCUUUUGGACUUCUUUUUUUUGCAUGUACACCCUUGUAUUCCAUAUUUAGAUGAGACCCAGUAUCGAGAUAAUGUUGUUCAAAUAUUAGGACCCCCAACGGAUAAUCCUGUCACCAACCUAAGUAUGACAAAGAAAUUGGACUUUGCUCCCAUCGGAACCUUGCUUGUUAUUCUCCGUCUAACAUUCUUGUUUACCUACAGUAACAACAAGUGGGCCAAUGAACUUCGAUAUUCCAGUAACGUAGAGCUUCUUUCAGAAGAGGACAAACAAAUCAGAUUCAUUCAUGAAACCCAUAUUGGUGAAGAAUUCAUCAUUUUAGCCCGAAGCUGUUUAAACCAGUUUGAUAUGGAUAAACGAAUCAACCUAUCCAUACUACAAUGUUUAAACUUCGUGGAAUUUUACAAUGUAUAUGGCCCUGAGUCUGGAAAUGGUAUAGAUGGUUGCAAUUCACACAGUGCGACAUCAAAUAUAACUAAGGCUUGCUAUUGUAUGGGUUUGAAUAGGGAACCUACAAGGCUGAAUGACCACCCUGAUAAUGGUUUACAGGAGUCUAUUGGAAGAAAAUUGUGGUUCAAAUUGAUGCGAGACGAUCUAGAACAUUGUCUCACUUAUGGAAGACCACCUUUUGUGGAUGUCAGCUACUGCGAUGUGAAGCCCAUAGGGUCCUUUGGUCAAGAUUUCGUGAAUGACUUUGAUCGUACCCUCUCAGAGUUUGAUACCUGGUUUCAAAAUAAUUUUUCCCAUUUUAGCAAAGUUGUCGAAAUCAUGCUUAAUACUAGUAAGCAGUUCACUAAGUUAGAGAUUUCAAGUCGCCUCGAGUCUUUUGAAGCUGCAUUAAUGGGUCUAAAAAUUUCAAGGUGUAUCCAAAAGGGAACUACUGAUAUCUUACAAGAUCAAUUUGUUCGACAUCGAGCAGUUCAUGAAAAUAAAUUUAGUCUCUGCAUGCUUCGUAGUAUCAUAGAUAUUUACACCUUAAUAAUGUUUGAUUCUGAGAGAAAAAAGGAAUGGGAAUUGGCCCUCAAUUAUAUAAAGAAGUAUAUGACUAUUUGCACUGAAAAGAUCAUCCCCCUAAUUCUUGACUCCUUUGAUGGGCUCACGAGUGAUUAUGGUAUUUUUAUGAACCAGUACAAUAUAAUGGCAUUACAAUCAAUGGGGCAGUUAUACUAUGGAUUAUUAUUACGUAUACUUAGUGCCUUGAACCCGGUUAAGAAAACAGCGAAAAAUCACGAUUCACUUCGUGAGUUAGCUCACUUGGUGCGUCAAAUAUGCCAGCGUUUGUUGGAAAUCAUGGACCAGUUAACCGACCGCUUUUUCCAGGCAUGGAGAAUUGCUAAGAUGUUCCGGUGGUAUAAGAGAAAUGUCACUGGAAAGACCCAUCUCGCAGGUUUUGAAGACCAUCCGAAUGUGUUUGCAGCAAUUGAUGGGGUCUCAUUGAUCGAGUUGAAGAGCAUUAUGGAUACCACAUUAUCCAGAUUAAAUUCAUUUAUGGAAAAAUUAGGCGUUGGACCUACUUCAGAAAUAACUUGGAAUGGAGAAACAUCUUUGGAAACGGGUGACUUUGCCUUACUAAGCGAAGGUUCGGACGCAUGGUUUAGAAUCCUCCUUGAUCAGUUUCUGAGUCAAUAA